AGUUCAAAACACUGCUAACAACAUGGCUCGAGCACCGGCCACUGUUUUAUUUUUGAUUUUGAUUAUAGUUACAGAAACAGUACUAUCGAAUAAGGCAAAAAAUGUGUUGUUAUUAUUAGCGGAUGAUGGUGGCUUUGAAAUCGGAGCAUAUAUGAACAAAAUAUGCCAGACUCCGAAUAUAGACGGCCUGGCACGAAGGGGCGUGAUAUUCAACAACGCAUUUACAUCCGUAAGCAGCUGUUCGCCAAGCCGUGCGGCGCUGCUCACGGGGACCCCGAGCCACCAGAAUGGCAUGUACGGGCUGCACCACGGCGUGCACCACUUCUCCUCCUUCGACAACGUGUCCAGCCUGCCCGCCGUGCUGCGCGAGCACGGCGUUAUGACCGGCAUCAUCGGCAAGAAGCACGUGGGCCCCGCCGACGUGUACCGCUUCGACUACGAGCAGACUGAGGAGAACAACCACAUCGACCAGGUCGGCCGCAACAUCACGCACAUCAAGCUGCUCGCCAGGGAGUUCCUGGCUGACGCCAAUGCCAAAAACAAGCCUUUCUUUCUCUACGUGGGUUUCCACGACCCGCACCGCUGCGGCCACGGCGAGCCGCAGUACGGGCCCUUCUGCGAGCGCUUCGGCUCGGGCGAGCCGGGCAUGGGGCUCAUCCCCGACUGGAAGCCCUGGUACUACCAGUGGGACGAGGUGCAGCUGCCCUUCCAUAUACAGGACACGGAAGCGGCCAGGAGAGAUGUGGCGGCACAGUACACCACGAUGUCUAGGCUGGAUCAGGGCGUCGCUCUUAUCCUGAAGGAGUUAGAAGCUGCCGGGCACGGCGACGACACGCUCAUCAUAUACACUUCAGACAACGGCAUACCGUUCCCCUCCGGGCGGACCAACUUCUACGACCCCGGGGUCAGGGAGCCGCUGAUCAUGGUGUCCCCGGAGGCCACGGCGCGCCGCAACCAGGCCUCGGGCGCCAUGGUCAGCCUGCUGGACCUCAUGCCCACGGUGCUGGACUGGUUCGGGAUCGCAAGAGACGAGGUGCAAAGCAACGAGAUCUGGGGGCCCGACCAGCCGAAGAGUUUGCUGCCUAUAUUGGAGAAGGAGCCCGCGCCGUCGGCGGACGAGGCGGUGUUCCUGUCGCAGACGCACCACGAGGUGACGAUGUACUACCCGAUGCGCGGCGUGCGCACGCGCCGCCACAAGCUCGUGCACAACCUCAACUUCGCCAUGCCCUUCCCCAUCGACCAGGACCUCUACGUCUCGCCCACCUUCCAGGAUAUCCUGAACCGCACGCGCGGCAAGCAGCCGCUGCCGUGGUACAAGACGCUGAAGCAGUACUACUACCGGCCGGAGUGGGAGCUGUACGACCUCCGCGUCGACGCUGCCGAGACCAACAAUCUGCAUGGUGAGUUGCACUCGCUUCGGAUUUACCUAUUUACUCUUGGAUCGACAUCACACCGCAAUUAAAUAAUAAUGCCGCGC